ACUAGCACUGGUUUAUUUGUGUGUGUGUGUGGUUUAAAAAAUAAGAUGCGAUCGAUUCUCGUUUUUCCGGUUCUGUUUUAUUUCGUGAAUUGUGCUCCGAAAUUAAGGAUAUAUCCUCAAAAUUUACCCCGACCGCAACUACUGACCCUACCCAGUAACGCCACAAGCAUUAGGACGGACAUCAGCGACUCGUUUCACUGCGAAGGGAGGGACUAUGGGUACUACGCUGAUGUGGAGAACGACUGUCAAUUGUUCCACGUGUGUUUGCCAGUGACCUACCCCGAUGGACACAACCAGACUUUCAGGUGGAGCUUCAUUUGUCCUGACGACACCGUUUUCAAUCAAGAAAUGUUCACUUGCACCAGAGCUGACGAAGCCAUAGACUGCGCCGAAUCUCCAAAAUUCUACGACUUGAACAGAAAUUUCGGUAGCGAAGAAGUCGUCGACGUUAGCGAAAGCAACAACUUGGAAGACGUCACAGCGGUACCCGCCGAGGUUCCUCAGUCUAUUAGUCGCAACUAUUUGAGGAGAGGAAGAAAUUUGAAACACUAAAGAACGCCAGUACUUAUUACUCAAAGCACGAACGAAAAAGUUAGCCAAUCUGGUGGUGACUUAUGAAUGAGAUCUUGUGGUGUUAUGGUUAUGUAGUAUCAGACUUUAUGUAAGCGGGUGUGAAGUUGCUUUCUGAAUGCCGUAUAUUUUGAUUAGACUAAAUUUAUUCCAGUGGCAAAAAUAUGGUCUUAGUUAUUAAAGUUAUUUGCCAUUGUCGAGAUAAAGGAUCUAAUGUUAAUGUACUUGUAUUUUUCAAGUU